AUGAGCAUUCACGCUCGCACAGCGCCGUAUCCACAACCACCGUCAACUGCGACAGCGGCUGCUGCCGAGACACCCACGCCCGCCGCGGCUUCGAGUUCCGCCGACUCACCCAUAAAGAAGCUGCCACAGCUCAUGCAGCAGCCACAGGCGCGGCUGAACUACUACGCCGCAUUGCCGCCGCGUGUGGCAGUGCAGCGUGAACAGGACCGCUACGGCAGGGUCAACCGAGCACAGAGGAUGAACUACCGCCAACCACCGCCACCGCAUCACCAGCAGCGUCAUCUGCCAUCGGCGCCGUCACACCAGACCAAAACGACUCCCCUUGCUCAUGUAGCCGACAUCGAUCCGGUCGUUUCAAAGCGCUUCCAGGAUGAGUACGCGCAGCAGAACGACAACGAGAACAUCGGGGACGACUUGCGGGCGCAGCAGGCGACGAAGAUGGGCACGAUUGGCACGCUAGAUGAGGAGCUGUGCCUGUCCCUCAUUGAGACUCAUGAUGUCACGUUUGUCGUCACGGAUACCGGUACGGGCAAGAGCACCCGUAUCCCAAUGGCCCUGCACAAGGCGCACCCGGAUGCACUCGUCGUGAACGCGCAACCGCGCCGCACCGCUGCGAUCAACCUUGCCCAGCGCGUCGCCGAGGUGCUUGACGCGGAGCUCGGUGAAGAGGUAGGCUACUCGGUGCGCGGAGAGCAUAUCGGCGACCUUGGUGAGACGAAGAUAAUGUACGUUACAACCUACUCCCUUUUUAUCUACUUCCUGUGGCACGAGUUCAAGGAGAAGCUGCCGUUUUCCUACAUCAUUGUCGAUGAGUUUCACGAGCGUACACCUGAUGUGGAGGUUAUUCUGCUGAUGCUGAAGCUGUGGCUGCAUAAACACCCAGGUGCCUUUAAGCUUGUCCUGUGCAGCGCGACGGCACAGGUGGAGGAGUGGCAGAGCUUCUUCGACGGCCUUACGGUCGGCACCUACGCCCGCUCUCCUAUCAUGUACCCUGUGCAGGAGUACUUCAUCGAGGACCUGCAGCGCCUCACCGGCAUCCGCACUGCACCGAUUUUGCCGCAGGAUAGCAGCAACAUGGUAACAUCGGAGCAGAUGCAUCAGCUCAUUCUAGUGUGCAAACAGCUACUUGAGUACCUGGCCAAGAACACGGCGACGCAGGACAGCGUGCUGGUGUUCAUGCCUGGCCGUACACAAGUGGAGCUGAUGACGACAUGGAUUCGCGAGAACCUGGAGGAGUCGCUGGAGCCGAUCGCGUGGUACCGCGACGUCGAGCUGUCCCUGAUCCAAGAGGCCCUCGCGCGGCCAGCAGUAACCCGCAAGAAGGUCUACAUCGCCACAGACAUCGCCGAGGUGAGCUUGACGCUGCCAGACGUGGUGUUUGUGAUCGACUCCGGGACAGGCAAGCGACCGCAGGUAUCGGAGAAGGAGAAGACAAGCUACGCUUUCCCGCCUCUUCGGCUGCUGUGGGAGACGACGUCGAACGCGCAGCAGCGCCGCGGCCGCGUUGGUCGUGUGCAGCAGGGCUUCUACUUCAGUCUUCUUAGCCGCGACCACCACAAGGCGCUGCGCGAAUCGGAUAAUCGCAUCAAAAACGCUGUCCUCACUGAGCUCGUCCUCCACUCCCUACUCAUCACGCAAAAGCCGUUCGCCUUCUUCCAGCUGUGCAACGAGAAGCCAGAGCGAGGUGCCCUCGCCUACAGCCUUCACCUGCUACAGGAUGGCGGUCAUAUCAUUCGCAAGGACGACCCAAUGGCGGACGCGGAGCGGGUGUCACUUGACCGCCAGCGCACGACGCACGUCAUGGAUUCCCCCUGGAAUGCCCUGAUCGAGGAGGCGCUCGCGGCGGCCCCGGCGGCCCUUGCUACUGCUCCUGCCGAUGCGGCAAAGCACUCCCCGGCCACAAAGGAAGCGGCAGAGGACCUGGGCAGCAGUGACGAGGUCGGCGACAAGGGCUACGGAGACGAAGGGGAGUCCGUCGAGGCCGCGAAUCCAGAGGCCGACGUAGAAGCUUUCCAGCAGUGCUAUUUCAUGACCCUGCGGGGCGUCAUCGCGGCCCGCUCACCGGUGUCGGUCGCGGCUGCCACAAACGUCUUCUUCGGCCUACUGUACGGCACCCCGACGCUGAGCAUGCUGGCGGCCGCCAUUGAGUCUUCCAAGUCGCCGUUCCAUGUGCCGUACACCGUCAGCGAUCGGAUGGAGCGCGUGGCGAUGGUGCGUCACGUGUCGAACGUUAUGCAGCGCUACCACGGCUCUCUGCAGAGUGAUUUGAUCUGCUCCAUGGAGGUUAUCCUGGAGUACAUGAGCAUGCAGCGCGACGGGCUGUCCGAGGAGGCACAGGAGGAGUGGUGCCAGGAGCGCAGUCUGAGUCGCACUCGCGUCGUCGAUACACUGAAUUUGUUCUCGCAGAUGAAGGAGCAGGUGAGCUCGGUGCUGCCGUUCCCGGACGUCACGGACAUCGACGUGCUCAAUGCCCAGUUUAAUCAGAACGCUGAACUCCUUGUGCUCAUGCUUGUGGCGUCGCACACAGAGCUGGCAAUUCAGGUGCAGCUGGACGGCCCUGUCGCGCAGAGGAAGGGCUUUGUGGGGCAUGGCAUGUUCUUCCCCCUCAAGUGUCUCAAGGACGAGUCGGUGCCGACCGUGUGCCCGUGGGACCGCACCAAGAUUAGCGUGCCGCUUUCCCUACAGACGAUUCAGCGCAAAGUGCUCGCCGUGUUCGCCUCGCAGGUGGAGCCAGACCUGUUCGCGCUGGUGCUGCUCGUCUUCUCUUACAAGCUCCACUACUCGGUUCAGGACAGCGGCGCCACCCCGUCGUUCCUGAUGGCUGUCAGCCACUCUGGUGUGCGCCGCACCUUUCAGUGCGACACCCUCACCGCACAGCAGAUUCUGCAGCUGCGCCGCAUCCAGUGCGCCCAGCUGCGGUGCAUGCAGCUGCAGGUGGAGGAGCGCGUGAAGGCGAAUGAGAGCGAGAAGCUCAGUGCAGUGCUGAAGAGCGCCAACAGUGACUUUGGAUUACCGGAUAGUGCCAUGAAGACGCCCUACCUCAUCCCUACAGUUCUGCAGCACGGCCUGAAGCUGCUCGUGAGCCGACUGAAGGGCUCGCCUUCUUACACGGCGCAGCGACGCGGCAUCGCGGAGUUCCCGCCUGGUACGCCGUACUGCAAGCUCGCUCACGGCGUGGAGCUGCCGCCGCCGGUGCUGCAGUCGGUGCUCAUCCACAGCAACAACGGCCUCUCCGUGCUGCAGCCGACAGCAGCGGCGGCAGCCGCCGCGGCCCCCUCGGCGACAGUCGGAGCAGCUACUGGUGCGGCGGAGCAUAGCGAUGUGGUGGCCGUCGCACUGGCGGAAGCGCCCUCUGCAGGAGUGGAAAGUAAGUCGGAAAGCGAGGACGACGAUGAUAGCGACCGCAGCAGCGACUCUGCUGCACAUGUGCCAACAUUCAGCUAUGACAUUUAG